CUCUCUCUCUACCCCACAAAGAAAGUGAAAUAACACACACAUUGUCCCCUUAGAUUCCUUUCUUUUCCAUUUGAAACACACCCUCUCUCUUUCUCUGUCUUUGUCUCUCCCUCUCUUACUUCCCAAAUCAGUUGGUGGGUCAGUCUAUGUUUCUUUUGUCAGGAUUCUCUGCCACUAUAACAAAGGACUAGAAACAAAGAAUUUAAUGGUAAAAGCCCCACAAAUAGAUAAAAGAGAAACAAACUUCAACCUCUCUCUCCCUCACUCUUCCUCUUCUAAUAACUCUUCCCAAUUCCCACUCACUUAAGCUUUAUGAAACCAAACAUGGCUAGACCCUCUCACGAUUUCUCCUCCAAGAGACACUUUCAUUGGACCAAAAAAGUUGGAAGUGAUCAUGAAGAUGAUGAUGCUCCUCCAAACUUUAAGUCCUCUGAAGAAGAGAAAAAAGAAAAUACUAAGACUCACCAUUCUGCAGCUUCCAUUCCCACUCCAAAGAAGAAACUUCCGGCUGUUGCAGUUGCUAGGCUUAGAACUGUCCUUGCUGCAUUUGGUAAGAACCGAUCAGGCCUCCCUCAUGGCCUCGGCCCCCGGGUUGUGGGAACCCUUUUUGGCUCCCGGCGAGGCCAUGUACAUUUUGCAUUCCAAAAGGAUCCCAAUUCUCCACCUGCCUUUCUUGUUGAACUUGCCACACCAAUUAGUGGGUUGGUCAGGGAGAUGGCUUCAGGGCUGGUUAGAAUUGCACUAGAGUGUGAUAAAGAGAAGGAAGAGGAGAAGAAAGCUGUGAGAUUGCUGGAAGAGCCCAUGUGGAGGACUUAUUGUAACGGGAAAAAAUGUGGCUUUGCAACAAGGAAGGAAUAUGGGGAUAAGGAAAAGAGGAUAUUGAAAGCUGUAGAGCCAAUUUCAAUGGGUGCAGGAGUUUUGCCAGGGAGUAACGGAGAUGAAACUGGAGCUGGAAAUGAUGGUGAACUCAUGUACAUGAGGGCUAAGUUUGAGAGAAUUGUUGGAUCAAGAGAUUCAGAGGCUUUCUAUAUGAUGAAUCCUGAUAGCAAUGGAACUCCUGAACUUAGUAUCUAUUUACUUAGAAUCUAAUUUCGUGGAGGUUCAAGUUCAAGUUCAAGUUGAAGGUCCAAGCAACUCAAUUUCCAUUUUGUGCUUUUUUUUUCUGAUCUUUGAGAAGGGGUAAACUGGUGAUACAAGUUAAGCUACUAAGAGAGCUCUUCAUCCAUGAAAAUGGAGGUCUAGCUUCCUGCAAAUUUUCUGUAUUUUUUUUUUUUUUUUUUUUUUUUUUUUUUUGAGAAAAUGGGAA